AUGUGCCAAGCCUCACACACUUUCAGCCAGACCGUAGACCACGAUGGCUUUCCCACCGCCACCGCCGCCUCCUCCCCAGGGGCACCUGGCUCUGCAUUUGGAGCUCUUCCCCCGCCACCACCACCUCCGGGACCUCCUGGCACUGUAGGUCCACCAGGCCUACGACCGCCCGUUGACCCACAGGUCGCAAAGUUCGCGCAGAAGAAGAAGGACUGGCUACGACGACAACGGCAGAGAUUUGGUGAGAGGCGAAAGGCAGGGUUCGUCGAGACCCAGAAGGCGGACCUUCCUCCGGAGCACUUGCGCAAAGUUUUCAGGGACAUUGGAGAUGUGUCGCAAAAGAAGUUUACCAGCGACAAGCGAAGCUACCUGGGUGCGCUCAAAUUUAUGCCCCAUGCGGUCUUGAAGCUCCUGGAGAACAUGCCUAUGCCAUGGGAGAGCAGACGCGAUGUCAAGGUUCUUUACCACACAAAUGGAUGUUUGACUCUAGUCAACGAGGUUCCUCGUGUGAUCGAGCCCGUGUUUCAUGCACAAUGGGCCGCCAUGUGGAUUGCGAUGCGCAAAGAGAAGAGUGACCGACGGCAUUUCAAGCGCAUGCGAUUUCCGCCAUUCGAUGACGAAGAACCUCCUAUGUCAUACUCGGAGAAUAUUGAGGAUGUGGAGCCAUUGGAGCCAAUCCAAUUGGAAUUAGAUGAGGAGGAGGAUAACCCGGUAUACGACUGGUUUUACGAGCACCGACCUCUGCUCGAUACGCCACACGUCAACGGACCGAGCUACGAGAAAUGGAACCUGGAUUUGCCUCAAAUGGCGACGCUCUAUCGUCUCAGUGACAAGUUGCUGAGCGACCUGGUGGACAAGAACUACUUUCACAUGUUUGAUUUGGAUAGUUUCUUGACUGCGAAAGCCCUUAACGUAGCAAUCCCGGGAGGACCCCGCUUCGAACCUCUGUACAAGGAUAUCGACCCAAAUGACGAGGACUUUGGCGAAUUCAAUGCGAUCGACCGCAUUAUUUUCCGGUCCCCCAUACGAACCGAAUAUCGUGUAUCGUUCCCGUUCCUUUACAAUUCCCUUCCACGAUCCGUCAAGCUUGCGUGGUACUCUCACCCCCAAGUUGUGUACGUUCGCAGCGAUAAUCCUGAUCUUCCGGCAUUUUACUUCGACCCCAUCAUUAAUCCAAUCUCAUUGCGCGCGGUAGCGCCGAAGAACAUCACGGUUAGCCAUGAGGAUGAAGUUUUCGGUUACGGAAACGAGGAGGACGACGAAGACGACUUCCAACUUCCUGAUGACGUUGAACCUUUUAUGGCCGAAGAAGAACUUUACACCGAUGAGACAGCUUCAGCUAUUGCCUUGUGGUGGGCGCCGCAUCCGUUCGACAAGCGCUCAGGCAGGAUGGUGCGAGCGCAGGAUGUUCCCCUCGUGAAGCAGUGGUAUCUCGAACACGUCCCUGCGGGACAGCCCGUCAAGGUACGAGUGUCGUAUCAGAAGCUUCUGAAGACCUACGUGUUGAACGAGCUCCACAACCGACCUUCAAAGGCACAGAAUAAGCAGAAUUUGAUGACCACACUGAAAGGCACCAAAUUUUUCCAACAAACCAAAAUUGAUUGGGUGGAGGCCGGUCUGCAGGUGUGUCGGCAAGGUUUCAACAUGUUGAACUUGCUCAUUCAUCGAAAGAACCUUACUUACCUGCACCUCGAUUACAACUUCAACCUGAAGCCGGUCAAGACGCUUACCACUAAAGAACGAAAGAAGUCGCGUUUCGGAAACGCUUUCCACCUGAUGCGCGAGAUCUUACGUUUGACCAAGCUUAUUGUCGAUGCCCAGGUGCAGUACCGGCUUGGCAACAUUGAUGCUUUCCAACUUGCCGAUGGUAUUCUAUACGCUUUCAACCAUGUCGGUCAGCUUACGGGAAUGUACCGCUACAAGUACAAGUUGAUGCACCAGAUCCGGUCGUGCAAAGAUUUGAAGCAUCUCAUCUACUAUCGGUUCAACUCCGGUCCCGUUGGAAAAGGCCCUGGGUGCGGUUUCUGGGCCCCAGCAUGGAGAGUGUGGCUGUUCUUCAUGCGCGGUAUCAUUCCACUGUUGGAGCGGUGGCUUGGUAACCUUCUUUCUCGACAAUUUGAAGGUCGACAUAGCAAGGGUGUUGCGAAGACAGUCACCAAGCAGCGUGUGGAGUCUCACUUCGAUCUCGAGCUUCGCGCUGCGGUGAUGAGUGAUCUCAUGGACAUGAUGCCCGAGGGCAUCAAGCAGAACAAGGUCAAUACGGUUCUGCAGCAUCUUUCGGAAGCCUGGAGAUGUUGGAAGAGCAACAUCCCGUGGAAGGUGCCAGGCCUCCCAGCGCCGAUUGAGAACAUCAUUCUCCGUUAUGUCAAGAGCAAGGCCGAUUGGUGGAUCUCUGUUGCUCAUUACAACCGAGAACGCAUUCGGCGCGGCGCGACUGUCGACAAGACAGUUGCCAAAAAGAAUCUGGGAAGACUGACGCGUCUGUGGUUAAAGGCUGAGCAGGAACGUCAGCACAACUACAUGAAGGACGGUCCUUACGUCUCGUCAGAAGAGGCUGUUGCCAUCUACACAACGAUGGUCCAUUGGCUGGAGGCGAGGAAGUUUCAGCCCAUUCCUUUCCCUAGUGUGUCUUACAAGCACGACACGAAGAUUCUAAUUCUUGCACUUGAGCGCCUACGUGAAGCGUACUCAGUCAAGGGUCGCCUGAACCAGAGUCAGCGCGAGGAGCUCGCACUGAUUGAACAGGCCUAUGAUUCACCCGGAACGACCUUGGCGAGGAUCAAACGAUUUUUGCUCACGCAGCGCGCGUUCAAAGAAGUUGGCAUCGACAUGAAUGACAAUUACAGCACAAUCAACCCUGUAUACGAUAUCGAGCCCAUGGAGAAGAUCACGGAUGCCUAUCUUGAUCAGUACCUGUGGUACCAAGCCGAUCAGCGCCAUUUGUUCCCAGGCUGGAUCAAGCCUUCCGAUUCCGAAGUUCCUCCAUUACUCACUUACAAGUGGGCCCAGGGUAUCAAUAACCUGGAUAAGGUCUGGGAGCAUCAAGAUGGAGAAUGCAAUGUCCUGAUCGAGACGCAAUUAUCCAAGGUGUAUGAGAAGAUGGAUCUAACGCUGCUCAACCGUCUGCUCCGUUUGAUCAUGGACCACAAUCUGGCGGACUACAUCACCGCCAAGAACAACGUCCAGCUCAACUACAAGGACAUGAACCACGUCAAUGCUUACGGCAUGAUUCGAGGUCUACAGUUCUCCGGCUUUGUUUUCCAGUUCUACGGGCUUGUCUUGGAUAUCUUGUUGCUUGGUUUGACGCGAGCGAACGAGAUCGCAGGUGCUCCGGAGAGCCCCAACGACUUCCUUCAAUUUAAGGACAAGGAAACUGAAGUUCGCCACCCCAUUCGUCUCUACACCAGAUAUAUUGACCGUAUCUGGGUCUUUUUCCGAUUCUCUGCCGAGGAAUCUAGGGACUUGAUUCAGAGAUUCUUGACCGAGAAUCCUGAUCCUAACUUCGAAAAUGUUAUCGGCUACCGCAACAAAAAGUGCUGGCCACGUGAUUCCAGGAUGCGUCUGAUGCGUCACGACGUCAAUCUCGGACGUGCUGUAUUCUGGGACCUGAAGAACCGUCUGCCUAGAUCGAUCACCACGAUUGAGUGGGACGACACCUUCGCGAGUGUGUACAGCCGCGACAACCCCAACCUCCUCUUCUCCAUGAACGGAUUUGAAGUGCGCAUCCUGCCUAAGAUUCGCAACCUCAACGAGGAAUUCCCUACGAAGGAUAGCGUGUGGUCUCUCGUUGACAAUGCUACGAAAGAGCGCACUGCACAUGCCUUCCUUCAGGUUACUGAGGAGGACAUUCAAAAGUUUAAUAACCGCAUUCGGCAAAUCCUGAUGUCUUCCGGAUCGACGACAUUCACUAAGAUCGCAAAUAAGUGGAACACUACGCUUAUUGCGCUGUUUACGUACUACCGUGAAGCAGCAGUCUCUACAGUCAACCUGCUUGACACCAUUGUCAAGUGCGAGACAAAGAUUCAGACGCGUGUAAAGAUAGGUCUAAACUCUAAAAUGCCCUCCCGUUUCCCGCCAGCCGUCUUUUAUACUCCGAAAGAACUGGGUGGUCUGGGCAUGAUAUCGGGGUCACACAUCCUGAUUCCCGCCAGCGACAAGCGAUGGUUCAAGCAAACCGAUACUGGUAUCACACACUUCCGUGCUGGUAUGUCUCACGAUGAAGAGACACUGAUACCGAACAUCUUUCGGUACAUCAUUCCAUGGGAGUCUGAGUUCAUCGACUCGCAGCGUGUGUGGAUGGAAUAUUCACAAAAGCGACAAGAAGCGCACCAACAGAAUCGACGACUAACACUAGAGGACCUGGAAGACAGCUGGGACAGGGGUCUACCUCGUAUCAACACUUUGUUCCAGAAGGACCGUAGCACUCUCAGUUUCGACAAAGGUUUCCGGGCAAGGACCGAGUUCAAGAUCUACCAGCACAUGAAGAGCAAUCCAUUCUGGUGGACGAGCCAGCGACACGACGGUAAACUGUGGAACCUCAACGCGUACAGGACGGAUGUCAUUCAGGCUUUGGGUGGUGUGGAAACCAUUCUCGAGCACACUCUCUUCAAGGCGACUGCGUUCCCGUCCUGGGAGGGCCUGUUCUGGGAAAAGGCAUCUGGGUUUGAAGAAUCGAUGAAGUUCAAGAAACUGACGAACGCCCAACGAUCCGGUUUGAACCAAAUUCCUAACCGUCGAUUCACUCUUUGGUGGUCCCCCACAAUCAACCGUGCCAACGUCUAUGUCGGUUUCCAGGUCCAACUGGACUUGACUGGCAUUUUCCUACACGGCAAGAUUCCGACGCUGAAGAUCUCUUUGAUCCAGAUUUUCCGUGCCCAUUUGUGGCAGAAGAUCCACGAGUCCGUUGUAAUGGAUCUGUGCCAAGUCUUUGACCAGGAAUUAGAAGCUUUAGGCAUUGAGACGGUGCAGAAGGAGACUAUUCAUCCUCGAAAGUCGUACAAGAUGAACAGCUCCUGUGCUGACAUCUUGCUGUUCGCCAGCCACAAGUGGAGCGUCUCAAACCCGUCUCCUCUUCAAGACAACAAGGAUCAAAUGGGCGCUACCACGACGAACAAGUUCUGGAUCGAUGUUCAACUGCGCUAUGGUGAUUAUGAUUCCCAUGACAUUGAGCGUUACGUCCGCGCAAAGUAUCUUGACUACACUCAAGAUAGUAUGAGCAUUUAUCCAUCGGCUACCGGUUUGAUGAUUGCCAUCGACCUGGCCUACAACUUGUACUCGGCAUAUGGCCAAUACUUCCCCGGUCUUAAGCAGCUUGUGCAACAGGCUAUGGCCAAGGUCAUGAAGGCUAAUCCCGCUCUAUACGUUCUUCGUGAGCGCAUUCGAAAGGGUUUACAGUUGUACGCUUCGGAAAGCAACCAAGAAUUCUUGAACUCUCAGAACUACUCCGAGUUGUUCAGCAACCAAGUUCAGCUGUUCAUUGACGACACCAACGUCUACCGCGUCACUAUUCACAAGACCUUUGAGGGUAACUUGACCACCAAGCCCAUCAAUGGUGCCAUCUUCAUCUUCAACCCUCGAACUGGACAACUUUUCCUGAAGAUCAUUCACACCAGUGUCUGGGCUGGACAGAAGCGUCUUGGUCAGUUGGCUAAAUGGAAGACUGCAGAAGAAGUCGCGGCUCUCAUUCGAUCGCUGCCCGUGGAAGAACAACCGAAACAGCUGAUCGUCACUCGCAAGGGUCUACUCGAUCCCCUUGAGGUCCAUUUGCUCGAUUUCCCGAACAUCUCUAUUCGCGCAUCAGAGCUUCAGCUUCCUUUCCAAGCUGCGAUGAAGGUUGAGAAGCUCGGUGACAUGAUUCUCCGCGCGACUGGACCUCAGAUGGUGCUUUUCAACCUCUACGACGAAUGGCUGAAGACGAUCUCAUCGUAUACCGCUUUCUCGCGUUUAAUCCUUAUAUUGCGCGCUUUGCACGUGAAUCAAGAUAAGACAAAGUUGCUUUUGCGCCCUGACAAGACAGUCAUUACACAAGAGCAUCACAUCUGGCCCACGCUAGGUGACGAUGAGUGGAUCAAGGUCGAGGUGCAGCUCCGUGAUCUUAUUCUCAACGACUACGGCAAGAAGAACAACGUCAACACUUCCUCACUGACUAGUAGUGAAGUGCGCGACAUAAUCUUGGGAAUGGAGAUUUCGGCGCCUUCCAUGCAGCGUCAACAAGCUGCCGAGAUCGAUGCGCAACAACAGGAGCAGCAACAGCUGACCGCUGUGACUACGAAGACUCAGAACAUUCACGGCGAAGAGAUGGUUGUUACUACCACAUCUCAAUACGAGCAAGCAUCAUUCGCUUCUAAGACGGAGUGGCGCACCAGAGCAGUCGCAACUUCGAACUUGCGUACACGUGCGAACAAUAUCUACAUCAACUCGGAAGAUGUCAAAGAAGAAGGCCAUUUCACCUAUGUCAUGCCAAAGAACGUCUUGAAGCGAUUCAUCACCAUCGCAGAUUUGCGGGUGCAGGUUGCAGGCUACCUGUACGGACGAUCACCGCCAGACAACGAACAGGUCAAGGAAAUUGUUACCAUUGUCAUGAUACCGCAGGUUGGCAACACGCGCGAUGUCCAGCUACCCAAGACCUUGCCGCAUCACGAAUAUCUGAACGACCUUGAGCCUCUCGGUAUCAUUCACACUGUCAGCGGCAACGAGCCUCCUUACAUGCAAGCCAGCGAUGUAACCCAGCACGCUCGCUUGAUGAACACUCACUCGAGCUGGGAUAAGAAGACUGUAUCCAUGACCGUGUCAUUCACGCCCGGUUCAGUUUCGCUCGCCGCCUGGGCCCUCACGCCAGCAGGUUACAAAUGGGGUGCGGACAACAAGGACACUAUGUCCGACAGCCCGUCUGGCUUCUCCACCAGUUUCGGUGAGAAGUGCCAGCUUUUAUUAUCCGACAAGAUUCGCGGCUACUUCCUAGUCCCCGACAACGGUAUUUGGAAUUACAGCUUCCUGGGCAGCGCUUUUGGAACGGUGGAGAAAAGGCCUGUCAACGUCAAAUUAGACACGCCGGCGAGAUUCUAUGAUGGCGUGCAUCGGCCGCUGCAUUUCCAUAAUUUUGCAGAGCUCGAGGAUGUCUGGGUUGAUCGGGAGAACACUUUUGAGUAA